UUUCCCAGAAAGCAGAGAUCUCUUGAUCUGAGUCCCCCUGGGAUUAGAGAGGCCACAAAUAGUGAACAAUUUAAAUCCAGAUUAGGUUUAACCAAAUGUUGCAGGAAGGAAGAGACGUUAGACGACCAUAUGUAGCCGGUGUUCAAGGCGAGAGGCAGUCCCCUUUCUUCACAGGCUUCACGGAGUAUGUUCCAUCUCUUCUCUCACUGUUGGGCAUGGCUGCAGACGCUGCAGGAGCCAGUCAGAAAAAUGACCCUCCUCAUUGUGGGCCUGGAUAAUGCAGGAAAAACAUCCCUGGUGACAGAAAUACUGAGAGUGCUCCCCUGUGACUUGCUCCCCACAAUGAAGCCAAACCAGACAGAACUGAAGGUGAACAGGUUUGAAGUCUCCCUGGUGGAUCUGGCUGGUGGGCCACGGUUCCGGGGCACAUGGCGCAAUCACUACAGUGAUGCUCAUGGGGUUAUCUUUGUUCUGGACUCCAGCGAUGUGGCACGGAUGGAAGAGGUCAGGAGGACCUUGUCCCGCGUUCUGAGUCACCCAAAGAUUUCAGGGAAGCCCCUUUUAUUGCUGGCAAAUAAGCAAGACAAGGUAGAUGCUCUCCUCCCAUGUGAGCUGAUCGAGUGCCUGUCCCUGGAGAAGCUUGUGAAUGAAAACAAGUCUCUGUGUCGCAUUGAGCCAUGUUCAACAACCAGGAAUCUUCAUAAAAGCCAGUACCGGGCCACCCUGCAGGGGCUGCACUGGAUUCUGCAGACCAUUGCAGUCAACUACAACUUACUGUCCACCCGGGUACAAGCAGACUUCCCUGAGCAGCGGAGCCCCCGCAAGCAGGAGGCUCCAAGGAAGACAGAACGGGCCCACAGUCAAGCCCAGGAAGAGAGGGAAAUGCUGACCAAGAGAGAGAGUUCACAAGGAGGACGUGCCAAGGAGGAAGGCACAAAAGUAAUCAAGAAGAAGAAGGUAAAGGUGAAGGUAAAGAAGAAAGGAUUAGUGCAGUCCAGGAGCACGACUGAGGAAGAGGAAGGGAAACUGGAGGCAGGAGAAAACAGGGCAAGUGCUGGAAUUGGGCUUCUCCACAGCAACAGAGUUGGACAAGAGAAUCCAUCCUCCCAAGAGACAGCUCCUCCCUUCGCAGGGAAGAGCACAAAGAAGAAAAAGAAGAAAAUUAAAAAUAAAAUCAAGUCCCAACAGUCAUCAUUGGAGCCAUGGACUGAAGACAUCUCCAGUACAUUUGAUUUAUAUCGAAGGGCAGUGCUGGCUCUGAAAAUGCGGCAAGAGCAGAGGAAGCAGUUAGCUGCUGUCACCCCCUGAACAGAGUGCCCCUGCACUGACUGCCUGAGUGCCAUCCCUCUAGGCAUACUGAGGCGAGGGCAAAUUGCUGUGCACCCCACCAUCCUUGGUUUGAGGUUCCAAAUUUUUGUCUCCAAGUGCAAUGUCUCUCUCCCUUCAGAGCCAGGUGAAUCCCACAUGGUCAGUGUCCAGAAAGUCCCCAGCAUGAGCCUGCCCAGCCAGUAUCAGCUAAGGCAGGUUGACUGCCAAACCUCUUGAGUAAUCACCAAGGAUUCUGGAUUAUCCAGUUGGAGUCUCAGGUAGCAAGCCUUUGAGAUGUAAUGACUCAUGUCUUCUUCCAGGGGACCAUGGGAGCAUUUGGGAUUCAUGCCUAGAAGCUGAUGGUUCUUCUGUAAAGUCAACUCAGCAACCUGGCUGCAGACAAGUGGCUUUGAUUAAAAAGGAAAUGCAACAUU